AACAACAGUCCGCUUCGUCGCUGUGGGUUCCCACUGUGACCGUUGGAAAGUGUAACGCUGUAAAUGUGGUCAGGAACUUUUUCUUAAGGUCGAAAAACAGCUUCUCUGAUUAUGUAGCUUCACCAAAACAGCCUAAAGAGAGUGAAGGAGGUUGUCUUGGCCUGUCAGAAGCGACAUGUACAGCGGACUUCUGCCGAAAGGGCUCAGCGAGGCUGAUGUGAGCGACGGUGAGGAGGACGAGGACAGCGGGCUCAAGGCUCACCUACACGGCGACGAGCCGGAGCAGCGCUCGCCCUCUCCUCCAGCCUCGACGUUAGCGUGCCAAACAAAGCAGCAGUCCGCGUUUGUUAGCUGUCAGAGCGAGCCUAGUUUGCCGAAUGAGUCCUCCUUCACUGACGACUGUUUACCCGGGGUUUCUCUAAAACUGUGGCAAAAAUUUAAAGAUCUCCAGAAGGAAAGAGAAGUUCAGACGGUGAAUCAACCACGUAGAAAAAAACGGAGGAAGAGACGCCACAGAGAAGAUGGAGCUCAAGAGCAGGCUGGUGAUUCUGAAGAGAAAAGCAAGCGAGAAGAGGAGCGUGCGAAGCACUGGGAGGAGCUAACGCAGUAUUUUGGCGCCAACGAUAGAUUUCAGCCUCCUGCCUGUAGCAGGCCUCCGCUCAAGUCAGGCCUGGAAAAGAGCAUGGAGAGCGCCAUCGCUGAAGGGGACUAUGAGAAGGCAGAGGAGCUGAGUGACAGGCUGGCUACUCGCGAGCUGGCCGUGAAAAUCGCGGAAGCCGCUGACUGCCGCGACUUCACCCGCACCAAGCAGGAAGAGGAGGCUUCCCGGGACGCUAGGAAAAGGAGGAAGCAAGUGGCUUGGGGGUUUGAAGCAAAGAAAAGGUGGGAAACAAAAAGCAACAUGGGCUACAUGUGACGUUUUUACUGAAAAGAUUCCUGCUAAUGACCAUUCGCAGUGUAAAAAGUUUGCUUUUUACUGUUUUUUUUUUGUUACUUUUUCUUUUUUUAUUCAAAAUUGUCCAUAUUUGGUGAAAAUAUUAACAAACCACUGGCAGUGAAAACUGUGUUGACUGCUGGUUACUCAAAUAAAUACUUUAACCUUUC